CUGGAGCUAGGCCUCCAUUUUUCACGUCGUCCUGGUCUCGCGUGGCUGCUCAAGGUCGCUCGGCCCACGUCAACGUGCGUCACGUUGCGCGCUAGAAGGAAGGAGGCCCAUCCCACCGCGGAGGAGAGGCUCGUGAGCUUGCGGAGCACCGAGAAAAGGUGACAUAGCUAUUUGUUCAUCUAGUUUGCGACCCUAAAAAUCAUUAAGUCCCAAUUGAAAAAUGGUAUAACCAAGUACAGAGAUGGAGCUAAAGGUGGCCGACAUCGCAAUAGCUGCAGUGGCAGUUGGUUCGCUGAUUGUUGGCUACGUCACACUGAAAGUAGCAUUCUCAGAUAUAGAGUCAAAGAAAGAAGAGGAGCGAGUUUCGUCUGGGUCUGAUUCUGGUACCGGAAUGGAAUCGCCACCUCGACCGCUGGUGUUGACAGGGCCGUCGGGCUCUGGAAAGAGCACUCUACUGAAACUGCUGUUUGACGAAUUCCCAGACGCUCUAGGGUUCAGUGUUUCACAUACCACUAGAAACCCGAGAUCAGGCGAGAAAGAUGGAAGAGAGUAUCACUUUACUAGUAGAGAGGAAAUGAAAAAGAGCGUGGAGGAAGGGAACUUCAUAGAAACGGCUGAGUUUGCGGGGAAUGUGUAUGGAACGAGUAAGCAAGCGGUGAGGGACGUGCAAUCAACUGGAAGAAUAUGUGUCCUGGAUAUUGACAUACAAGGUGUUAUCAGCAUGCGAAAGACAGAUCUCAAUCCGAUGUAUGUGUUCAUCAAACCACCUUCAGUUGAGGAACUGGAGAAGCGUCUGCGAGCAAGAAAUACAGAAUCUCAAGAAAGCCUCCAGAGAAGGCUGGACAGAGCCAAGACUGAGAUGAGAGAGGGUCAUGUGUGUUCCGUCAUGGAGGAGCAAAUGUCGAAAUAUCGCCUAACGGAGGAAACGCUGAAAAAGCGAUGCUCCGACGGACACAUUCUAGACAUAGGGGUUUUCAUAGCCUGGAGAACAGUUGGUCCUCGCCUUGAUAAAAUCAGCCAAACGGACGUAGAAGAUAUUGACCGUGAUGGACACAACGAGUCAGAGAGGAGAGGGAUGCUGCUUCCUCUGUGGGUAGAAAGGAACGGAGAUGAUGCUACUUACUACAAACUGAUCAAGGCAAUGCUAGAAGCAAGGAACGGGUCAAAUGCUGACGAAGUCUGCAAGCUGCUUUUACCUGACAACGGUUGGAUGUCGAGGACCUUCCCUGCAACUUUUUCUACCUUUCCCAUCCUGCCCAACAUGUCUGCCUUGAUGCCAUCUCGCCUGCCGUCACGCCUGCAGCCACCACCACCACCACCGGCGAUCACCAGCCCGGGACAUCGUUUACUGGUAAUUACAGGGGCAUCGGGCUCAGGAACCAAACCACUGCUGCAGCGACUCCUCACCGGUUUCCCCAACAAAUUUGAAGUCUGCGUUCCACGUACUACAAGAGUUCCCAAGGAAGGAGAGACACAAGGAAAAGAAUAUCACUUCACCACCAAGGAGGAAAUGCAGACGGGGAUUAAUGGAGGGAAAUACCUGGAGUGGGUUGAGUACUCUGACGCCAUGUAUGGAACGAGUGCAACUGCCGUGAAAGAGAUUCAGUCUCGAGGCAAGAUUUGUGUGCUUGAAAUGGACGAUGUGAAGCGCGUUCGGAGCAUUAAAGAACAUGCAGACACCGACCCAUAUCUUGUCCUCAUUCAGCCGUCCUCUCGAACUGAAAUGGACAGUGAUAUGACAUUUGACCUUACCAUUACAAGUGACGAGGAAGAAGAGGCGUACAAGACACUCAAAGAAGCCUUAACUGAAGAAAGUGCAUUCAGUGGAUUUUUAACAGCAAAAACUCAGUCACAAAACGUCCGGGUAGGAAUCUACAACACCUAUCAAGUCAUGAAAAACUAUGUCAUUGUCAUUGUUCUUGCUACCAUCCUCGGCGUGUACGUAAUUCCCCUCGAGUUUUAGUCAUGUGACAUCUUCGGAACUCUGCUGUCUCGUGUGUUUUCCCAAUUUCGUUUUUUUGGCUGUUGUAAAUUCAUGUGAUUUUUCUCGUCUGGAAUCGGGACAAUCUGGACUGGGAAUGGGAAUUCCUAGCCCGUCCAUUACCCUCGUCAUGACGUCGUCCACAUAGCCGUGGAUUAUGAGAUCAGCCUUCUUGUCAUAUUUUGUGGGCUGUAGGUUACAGAUGACUACACUCCCUCCGUUCUUCUUGGCCAGGAGAGGGAGCUUCCCAGCAGGCAGGAUCUGUAGGGUGGUUCCUAGACACAGGGAGAGGUCCGCACACCUGUACUGGCGUGGCGUUCGGCUCUCUCUGUCUCUUCCACUGGUAGCUCGUCCUCCCAGUCCAGCACCGUGUCCCUCAGUC